UAACUCAUGCGGAAGUGUGGGGCAGGUGCGGAGUCGCCUCCUCUUAGCCCCGCGGUGAUGCGGUGCUGCCCAACUCGACAGAUAUCGAUUCCGCGGCUUAGGACGGCAACAGCGCGGCAGCCUGGCAUCGCAAGUACCCGCACGCGCGCUCGGAGCUUGUUCAGAUUACAUCUCGGCUACUCGGGAUUCGGACGCGUAGGGGCCCCUUUGUGCCCCUUGCCCACCCCGGCCACCCCAGCCCAUCUCGCGUCGCUGACGCACGGCGCUCCAUCUACCACCUCACUCCACAAGCACCAUGUCCGACGACCGCUGGAACGGCGACGAGUACCUCAACCGACCGGGGCACCUGGAGAGCGCGGAGACGAACGCGCGCAACAUCCAGACGGCGGUGGCGGCGUCCGGCGUCCCGGCCUCGACGUUCCGCGACCUCAACCUCCUCGAGGUCGGCGCGGGCGUGGGCACCGUCACGCGGCACCUCGGCUCGUUUGGCUCGGUGCACGCCCUCGAGCCGAGCGGGAACAUGCUCCGCGUCCUCAGCCGUCUCGUGAAAGACCUCCCGAACGUCACGUACGCCGAGCACGCGCUCUCGCCCGCGUCCGCGGACAUGUUUGCGCGCGGCGAGGAGAUGCCCUCGCCCACGCUCGAGGACCCCGAGCGCAAGCUCGCGCCGCCGCGCGCACGCUUCGACCUUGCGGUCUCGACGCUCGUCGCGCACCACGUCGACGACCUCGAAGCCUAUUUCCGCGGCGUGCACGGCGUGCUGGUCCCCGGAGGCAUGUUUUAUGUGCUCGAGUUCGCGCACAGCCCUGAAGGAGAGGACCUGAGCAAGCGCUUCCACUGCGAGAUGGACAGCUCGCUCGUCCCCGUGAACGACGACAGCUACCACAUCAAGGGCAAUGAAUUCCGCGAGACUUGGUCUGUCGAGCACACUAAGGACAUCUUCCGCAAGUAUGGGUUCACGGACAUCGGGAGCGUCGAGACAGAGCCCGUUCCUGCAUUUGGGCGGAUCGACGGCCGCACUGCUGUGCCCACGAAGGUCGUUUGGGGACGCAAGGCGGAGUAGGUGAGUUUUCUCAGCUGAGUCAUGCUCAUGGUACAGAAAGUAGCUAUGCAGUGUAUGUAAUGGCGUGCCAUGGUGCGCCCGAGUUUUGUCAAGUCCACUCUGGCUAGUAGUCAGGCCCCCACUCGUACUCGUGCACCUCAUGCACCGGGACGCGCUCUUCAUGGUCGAAGGCGUUUGCGACGCGGCGGAGCUUGGAGAAGAACUCGACAUGCCGGACGGCGGGGUACGAGUCCAUGGGAAACGCUUCGCACAGACGCACGGCCAGCUCGCCAUAACCCUCGUAUUGGUCAGGAGGGA